UGGAGAGUUGUUUUUUUUUGGGGGGGGCACACAUUUAAACGCGUUCGCCGCAUGGUUUUAGGAAUUAACUGUAUUUGUAAGAAUGUUUCAGUGUGUGUCUUAAUUACAAUUAAGUACUAAAAAAGUAUUGUCGGUCAAAGGUCACGCUGUUCUGACUGUCACACUCGCGCCAAUUCUGUAUUUCCGGUUGAGGCCGCGCUCACACAGGUUCGUACAUGGAUCUGAGCGAUUUUGAGGCAGAUAACUCUGUGAGCUGCCGCUUGUCCUCGUCCAUCCCGGACGUGUGUAAGACAGCGGACUGCUGCCUGGGCAUCGAUGAGGCGGGCAGGGGUCCCGUACUGGGACCCAUGGUGUAUGGGAUAUGCUUCUGUCCUGUAUCCAAAAAGGAAGACCUGAAGAAUUUGAAAGUGGCAGACUCAAAGACGCUGACGGAGGCAGAGAGAGAGAAUCUGUUUCUGAAGCUCGAUGAGUCUAAAGGUUUUGUAGGCUGGGCCCUUCAGAUCCUCUCGCCGAACACCAUUUCCACCAGCAUGCUGCAAAGAACAAAAUACAAUCUGAAUGCCCUGUCACAUGAUGCUGCUAUUGGUCUGGUGCAGUACACCCUGGACUGUGGGGUGCAGCUCAAAGAGGUGUUUGUGGAUACCGUGGGUCCUGCAGAGAAGUAUCAGGAGAAGCUCUCCCAGCGGUUCCCUGGGGUGGAGGUCACCGUCCGUCCCAAAGCUGAUUCUCUCUUCCCCAUCGUCAGCGCUGCCAGCAUCUGUGCCAAGGUGGCAAGAGACCAUGCUGUGAAAUCCUGGAAAUUUGCAGAAGAUUUGGGUGAAGUGGACACCGAUUAUGGCUCUGGGUAUCCUAAUGAUCCCAAAACUAAGAGCUGGCUGCUGAAGUAUCUGGACCCAGUGUUUGGUUAUCCUCAGUUUGUGAGGUUCAGCUGGAGCACAGCACGGACGCUCACGGACAGUAAAGCUGUUCCUGUUCACUGGGAUGAUGAUGAGGAAGAUGGAGAAAAAUCUGGUGCUCGUCAGAAUAACACCUCAAUGCUGUCGUAUUUCAGUCGCAGCAAGCCGUCUGAGCUCACACACACACGAGACACACACCGCUUUUUCACUGAGCGCAAGCUACAAAGCAUCAACACACUCUGAACACAAACACUGUCGAUGAAUGAGAGCGGCGGUCAGCAUAUCACAAAAUACGUGUCAGCUGGAUAUGUCUAACAUAUGAACUGGAUAUUUUCAUUAUCGCAAAUAUUGAACUGUGCAUGAGCCAGCUGAGUGUAUUAUAUUCUCCUGUGUGUUUUUUAUGGUGUGUAUUGUUCAUUUCUGGAUGUAAAACAAAUAAAAUAUUU